CUAUACUCCUAGACGGUUAUACCACCGGCGGCCGGAUCGCAUCCUGUUUUCAGCCUUGAUCACACGGUCCUCUCCUGAAGAACGGAGCCUGAAUGAAGGCAGAGAUAGCCAUUCGAUCGAUCUUGCCGAAGCAUGCAAGCCUGGCCUUGUCUCCUUUCUUAUAUGCAUUUAUUGUAACAUUUAGCGUUCACGUCGGUCGCUGCCAUCCGUUCUGUCGCGCUCUCCCCUCUCCCCCUCCUUACUCUGCCUGCACUCCGGCGACCACCUCCAUCACCGACACUCUUCAUCAUCCUCUUCUUUUCUGUCGCCCUUCCUGUCUCUGUCACUUAGAGCUAAUUCCAGUGUCCUUGAAGGACCUUGCGUUAGCCUUGUCUUCGUGGAGAUCAGACCCAGUUCGCCGCCUCCCAGUGUAACCCCCCGACCGACUCACGACGGCCGCUAUUCUUCGUUCCUUUUUCUUUGCCGCCUACAAAUCAGUAGGCUGGUCUCUUUCCCUACCCAGCUUCCUUCGGUGGCCUCCAAUGACACCGUAGGACGCUCAAGAAGCAAUUAGGCCGCCCUGGGGCAGAGGCAUACUUCACCACCAUUGACUUGCUCUCGGCCAAAUUCCCUCUACCCA